AGGAGGGUGGUGUUUUUUAGACGAUGCAGCAGGCAGAGAGAAGGAAUGAGAAACCUGCCUGCAGAGGACAGAGGGAUAAUAACCAUGUCAGCCUCCUGGAAGCAGCUCUUUUUUCAGAUCCUCCUGCUUCUUGUCUCCUGCAGACACAUCAAUACAAAGACAACUGGUCCAACGCCCCCACCACUUGUUCCCAUCAGUCCCCUGCCAACAGAAGUGAAGCGCUUUACUCUUAAAGGUGAAAGUCACACAGAGAAAGUGGAAUUGUUAAACCCUGUCAACCUGACACUGGAGUGUACCUGGACAGGUAAUCAGAACAAACUACCAAACAUAACUGGGUUCUGGAGAAAGGAUGGGGAUGAAGUUGAGAACAGCCGCGUCACCGUGCAGUUGGAGAAUGACCAGUAUAAAUUUAAAAGAGUGUUCAGCAUCAACAGUGAAGAAAACCUCGGAAGUUACUCCUGCGUGUUUGGAAGUGAAGCAAAAAUAGAGUUUGUUUUGGCAGCUCCACAGAUCACUGAGGAGCGAGAUAAGCCGAUAGUCAGCUAUGUGGGGGACUAUGUGGUGAUGACAUGUAAAAUGGGGGAAACCAAACCGAAGCCCAGCACCUGGAACUGGUACCAAGCAAACGGCACAGACAAGGAGCAGAUCUUUACUGCUUUAGAGCCUCUUCGCUAUGAAAUCAAAACCGAAGAGUGGAAGACCAAACUGGUGGUGCACAACCUCACGGAGGCUGACGGAGGAUUGUAUUACUGCGGCGCGGUGUACGCCAUCGGCACCACGAUGAGCCACGUGCAGCUGAAGGUGAUCUACUUCCAUGAGCCUCUGAAGCCCUUCAUAGCCAUCGUGAUCGAGGUGGUCGUCCUGGUCGCUGCUAUUCUGCUCUACGAGAGAAGUCAGUCCAAGAAAAAUAACCAAGCAGAAAAUGGGACGACUGGCGAAAUGAACACACUGCCUCAGGGAGAAAAUAACGAACCAGAGGAAAGUUCCUCAGUGAGACAGCGGAAAGUUUAAAGACGUCAAAUCCAACAGAUCCAAGCUUCUUUAAAACAUAUUCUGCUUAUUUUCCUAAUGUGAAUUAUAGAGCAAUAUCUCAGCAACUAUUCUACAAGUAUGUUCACCAAACUAAGUGCAAUACAUUCAAUAAUUAUUCCUGUAAUUUGCACACGUCACCUCUUUUAGGUUUCAAUUUUCAUUCUAUUUCACUGGGAGAUGUGUUUUUUUUUUUAUUUCUAAUCGACAGUGCUGUCAUGGCAGCUAGGAGAGCAAAGCAUUUAUCUUCAUUUUUUUAGUGUUGAAACCUGUUUGCAUCCACUUCCUGUGGAAAAAGUGACACGCAUCACUAUGCCUUCGACACCUCUCUCAGAAAGGAAGUGGCUUUUCUUCUUUUAGGCCAACAUCUUAAACCACAUCUCCUUUUUAUUCCUGUUAUUGAUGCAUUGUGGUUUGUGAGCAGUGCCUUACAGUCUUAAAAAAAACACUUAAUUAAUGCUUUUUUGUCACUUUUCAGAGUUUGUCCGUGCAGUAAUGUGUGUCUAACAUGCUGUAUAUUACCUUUAUAACGUAAGAUAUAUCAUCAUACAUACAGAUGCUUGUGUCUUUUUCAUGUUAAUGUAUCAGAAGAAGGUCAGAAAGGUCAUCACAAUCAUAACUUCAACCGUGUGUCUUUAGUUGUCAGUCUGCACUUAACACCUAACAGAUGUGCUACUGUGUGUAAACAAACAAAUUAAAACUACACGAGUCACUGUCACUGUCUGGAAUAACUAUAUCGCAGCCAUUGUGUUAAUUUAUAUGAAGGAUAAAGGAGAACUCCAACGAUUUCACACAUCAGAGUCUGUUUACAGGUCUUGUGAAGAACUGCUGCCCAUGUGAAAAUAAGUUGUAUGAUUCCUUAAGUGGCUCCAGAGGAAGAAUGAGUGGAAUAAAAGAUGACAUAUCUGGUUCUCCUG